AUGGUCAAUCAUCACUGGACCUGUAUUCCAUCACGGGCAGACUACACUGUCCUCACGACCUACAAGGAUAAUGUCAGAUCUCUCGAGGUCAAUAUCGAUGAAGGUUCCAUUGAACCUCUAAUGCCUGCUCCGCCAUCUAUCAUUGAUGUUGAUCGUGAGAAUCCCAAUUUCACGUUGCCCUUGAAUUCCGCCGUGGCACCAAUCUUGAGAGAUGCCAAUCUCUACAGCAUCAUAACUCCUGUGAUGAAAACUAUUUCAGGCUCAUUCAACGCCACAUUUGUUACUCGCGCAGAUAAUACUCCUUCAUUUCACAACGACUCGGAUAGCUUCGACUAUUACAAUUUCACAACCACAUUCCCACCAUAUGACCGCAGCAUCAACCCCAACGACUUUUUCCACAAUAGCACCAAUGACUACAUGACUAUUUUGCCAAUCGCUCAGUAUUUCUCUGGUGUCCAUAUUUCGCCCUCGUUUUCCAAUAUAUCAGUCAACAAUGGCGGCCUCUUCACAAUAAACGAAACCAGUAUCAAUACCAUGCUGCAAGACGUGGUUCUAUCUAUCAUCAGCUACCAACCCAAUAACUGGACAACGAAGGUUAAUCAAACACGCAAUGAGAUCCGCAAUAUAUACACCUUUUCGCGCCCACUCAACCUAUUUCUCCCAUACGGCUUAAUGCUCCUGGGCACUCUGUACGCCAUGGCUUUUGGCUUUUACGCUUUAAGGUCGAACGGUGUCCCCGCGACGGAUGGUGGAUUUCUUCAACUUUUCACCACUGCUCAGAGAAGUGAAAUUGUUGAUAGAAUUGCGCGGGGUGGAUGUUUGGGCGGGGAGGAGAAUGUUUCCACGGCGCUGAAGGAUCUGAAGAUACAAUUCGGCGAGCUAGUUGAGACAGUAGACAAUUCAGAGAUAGCACUGCUCUCGACGGCAGGAUUUGGGACUGAGCAUGAAGUUCGCCCUUUGAAUAGGGAGCGAAUUUAUGGCAGCCUAUGA